UAUCCAUCCUCACAAGGUGGCCAUAGGGGUUUGUUCAGUAUAGAAUAUAGAUAUCCCUGGUGUUCUUCUUGACCGUACUGUGGCUGUUGCCGUGUGAUUGGGUGAGGGUUCGUUCCAUUCUUUUUCAGUCUGUUUGACCUCGUCUAUUUCGACAACGGGGACUAAAAUUCACCUCCCUUACCGAGUAAAUUCAGCCAACAUACUCCAUACCAUCUCCCUCUGCUUCCCUUCCUCUCCUUCACCCAUUCUCGGCCUGGACUCGGGUGCAACGCAAUGACGGAGUCUCUGUAUCUGCGCCUCUCGUCCUGUCGGUCUUCGGCAAAAAAUGAUGCCCAAUAAUGCUCAUCCCGCGUCAAGCGAGACCCCAAACUUUGCCCUCGAUGGUCCUGGCCCUGAACAGAUCUCCCCACCGUCAUCCACCGUUCGUCCACCGCUGGCUGCGCCCAUCCACACAAGGGAUGUUUCAAGAGGAAGACCGCAACAGUCUGCGACACAAGGAUAUGGGGCCAGCUAUGUGUCAUCCUCACGCGCUGGCUCGGUGCAGCCUGCUGGGCCUGGGCAGGAUGGCAGUGUGAGCUCAAGAGGUACGUCUGCCGUGGACAGUGGUCUGCAGCGACGCACAUCGAACAGUUAUGGCCAUCAUCGACAAACAUCGGUGAUACAUGGCCUUCAGCAUUCAAGAAAUCCAUCCUUCAACUCGCCCACGUCCGCAAGUCCUCUGUCACCCGAGUCCUUACUGAAUGCCUCAAAUAAUGCGAGAUAUCCGACCGUGGGACGGAGAGGGCAAUACUCUACUGGAGAAGGUCAAUCCACUUUCGCAAGCCCAGUCUCAUCUUUCCAAGGCCACACUCAAGGCCACUCCAUCGACUCGAUGAUUGAUGUUCAAGUGUCACAGCCCGACUCUCUCUCAGCCCAGCCCCGGAGGCGCAAAGAGCAUUCGAGAACGCGACGCGGCCAUGCAUACAACUCGUCAAGUGCUCACCAAGAGCCACGCACGCCAGGGGAGUAUGCUCUACAUCAUCUGUUCCAUGCCUUCGUGCUACGAGCCGAUCAGAGAAUCAAUCACUGUCUCUCUCUUGUCGACACAGUCACAACACCGGUAGAGCAAGCCUGUGCUCCGGGGGUGGAUGCUGCCUUUGACCAGCUGAUAUCGUCCCUGGGUCAUAUCUCUCGUCAAGGGCCAAAACCUCUGGUCGAUAGUCUGAUGCUAUGGCGCAAAGGCAAGGGUGAUAUCGCUGCCAGUCUAAAGAAACAAGUCUACCAGCAACGGCUGCAACAGGGCCUGGGCGCCACGUUUUCCGUCUCUUCGCUCCCGGCCACGUUACCGAGACGGCAUACGGAGCCGUUACAAGUCCCAGGAGAGUCCGGGUUCCCUCAGACGGGCACGGAAGGCUCAUUAGAGGACAGCCUGACACAGGAAUAUAUUCUGGCAGAUCGCAGGGCCACAAUCUCUGUCUACAUUCUGUGUCGAGUCUUGAUUGCUAUCUUUGAGCAAAGCAAUUUGGAAGCCAUCACUCCAGACUUGGCGUAUAAACUUGAGGAUAUUGUGUUUACUCAGAUAAAGGAAGUUGAACCGACACAGAUCCUCUGCUCCAGUAUCAGACUAGCAAACUGGAGAAUAUAUGGCCAGGUUUUGGGUCAUAUGAGUCGGGUGGAUUUCCUAAAUGUCUCCGGUCGCUAUACGCAGCAGCUUGACGUGUGGCAGCAGGAAUUCGCCAAAAGCCAGCAAACAACAACCGCCAGAGAAUUCGAAUCUCGACUCGAAUUACUGCUCCUAAGCAUGCGUCAUCUGCACAUUGCUGCUACCAGAGAAGCUGCGCCAAGUGUGUGUGAAUUCUUGAGAAGUCUUGCGAGCCGUUUCUCCGAUGCUCAUGGGCCUCGCGUCAAGCAGGCGUACUGUCAUCUAUUUGUGCGCUUGUUGACGGUGGUCGCUAGCCAUCCUGACGUUUUCCAGGGAAUCCCAAUGUGGGUCAGCUUCAUUGAGGUUAUCAAUGCUCGCUUGUUCAAUAUGAUCGUCAAGGUCCGUCAUUGGGCCAUCGGCUUCCCACUUUCUAUUGUACUCCUCUGUGUCUCUCCAUUAGAAACAUUCUCUGCACAAUGGCUGCCAAUGGUUCAAAGUUUCGGCAACAAGCUCAAAGACAGAACCACCCGUGGUCCUGCUUUGCAGGCCAUCUGCCAGCUGACAUGGACCUAUCUUGCACGUGUGGUCGAACCAGCCAAUCUCAGAGUACGUCGCUUGGACGAAGUCAUCAAGCUGGCCCUUCCACAAGGUCGGAGAACGCACAUUGGCUCGGAUCCAGCUGUAGCGACGCCCUUGGUUCAACUUAUCCGUAUUCUGGGAUAUGCUGCUCAGGACAUAUGUUUCAGAUCCAUUAUCUUUCCGAUGGUCCACUCCGACAUGUUUCAAUCAAAUCGUCCACUUAAAAUUGAGAACAUGGAGCCAGAAAGAAUGGUCGUAGGCAUUCGCGGCUUUCUGGCCAUUAUGUCUGACCUAGAGCGAGCCGAUCAGGUCGCGCCUCCAUUUCCCGUUUUCAGCAUCCAAUCGCCUACCUUUGAGGGACUUCCAUCCUCUCCCCAGAGCAGCCUGAAGACCAGCGUGGAUCUCGGUACACCAGUCAAGUCGACUUUUGAAGACGAAACCUCGUCGUCUGUGCCGGUCAACGUUUCGAAUCUCGACGAGAGCGCACGGCAGUAUUAUUUGCAAUUUUGCGAAACUUUGGGAAAGAUAACAAUCCUAUGUGACAAUACCUUUGGUGGUCAGGCUACUCUCAACGAGAAAUUCUCCUCACCCGCCAGCUUGACUCCGAAGACACCUUUGGUCGAUGCUUUCACCUUGAAUCGUUCUCCAGAUGUCCCAGUUGCCGACCAGCGGCAGCAAUACUAUGAACUUUUGCACGUGGCAAUUCAAGCUCUGCCCCGCUGCUUCAAGGAUCACAUACCCUUGAGCCCUCUCAUCAGCCUCUUGUGCACCGGAUCCGCUCAUGUCCAAGCAAACAUUGCUUCCUCCGCCACUCAAUCGCUCAAAGCAAUUGCUCGACAGGGCCACGCCCAGGCUGUUGCGAUUGCGUUUCCAAGAUUCAUCUUUUCUUAUGAUACACAGUAUUCAACCAUGUCCGAUGAAGGACGCUUGGGACCGGCACACAUUGAAUCCACCUUGACGCUGUAUCUGGAACUGCUCCAGAUAUGGACAGAACAACUGAAACAAAAGACGAUGGCGAGUGCAGCGGAGGCAAGGGAGCGCGGGACUCCACCGUCGAAUCGAGCACUGCGGAUGGAGCUGACCAAUGUCAUUCCUCUUGUCGACGAAAUCGAGGCUUAUGGGCUCUUUUUCCUCUGUUCACAAUCUCGUCGAGUACGGGCCUUUGCCGUCAAGGUGUUGCGGCUAGUGCUUCAAUUCGACAAAGUCCUUGGUCAGGAUGAACCAUCCAGAAUCAUCAAAUUACUAGAAACACAAUCAUCACGGAUCCUCGACCUCCAUGAAGAUGCUCUUAAUGUUGCAGAAAGAAGCCGACUGCAAAAGGAUAAACGUGUCAAGUCGGACCAAAGCACCCUGAUUGAGAUUUGUAGCUCAGAAGUGUCCUACGACUCAACUCUCUGGUUCAAAGCAUUCCCGAAUCUCAUCAGAGUCGUCUUUGAUGCGUGUCCAAAUGCUAUCGCCCUCUGCCGUGGCACUGUUACCGGAAGAUUAAUGCUCAUGCAGAACGACGUAGAAAGCUUCAAAGACAUCAGUACGGGAAACCCGGCUCUUUACGAAAACAAGAUCCAAGGGCGUAGUUCUGCGACUUCUGCAGAGGUCCUAUUCGAACAGUGGAAGCUCUACCUUAUCAUGGCAUGUGUCACCCUUAAUUCCCCUGGAGGUCAAUCACAGAGUCAGCUUGCGGACGCUGCUCACGCUCGGAAAACUUCCAAAGGUGCCACUCAAUCUCAGGACAAAUUGGGGUCUGCGCGGGCCCUCUUCUCAGCCAUCAUACCUAUGUUAGGCGCUCAUCCAGACCCCAUUCGUGAUGCUGUGGUGACCGCUCUUGGCUCCAUUAAUCGGAAGCUCUGUAGAACCCUUCUCGAGUCGCUGCAGUACGCGGUAAUCACAUGCAACGACGAAGCAAAGGCUAGGAUCAAUCAUCAGAGAACACCCAGUAGCCCACAGAGAUCUCAGAAGACUGAAAGACUAAGGACCGAGGUCACCCACGUCUACAAACUUACCGCGGCAUUUCUUCGUCACGAGGAUAUCUAUACAGACGAGUGGAUAUUGCACAAUAUGGUCACCUACACGCGGGACCUGCGCAUUUUCCUCAGCGACACGGACGUACAGAAUGAUUGGCGUUUUCAAAGACUGAGAUACCAUUUCUGUGGCCUCGUUGAAGAAGUCUUCGAGGGCGUGAACAGAUCCAGAACUCCUACUCGUUGGAUGCCUUUCGAGGCACGCAAGUCCGCCUUUGCUCUUAUGGAAGACUGGUGUGGUUAUUCAGCGGAACAGAACUUAUUUGAUCCUAACCAUAGCCAUGCAAGGGAUGUCCAGGACCGGAUGAAUGCCAAUGCAGCCUCUGAGAAGGAGAAGAACAAUCUGCGCGUGGCUGCUCUGAGUGCGAUGGCUGCCCUGUGUGCUGGUCCAAUAAAUAUGGUGACGGACAGCAAUAUUGUCCUGUCGUUCCAUGUUCCACGUAUGCUGUCCUGGAUUGACGGCAUCUUCGCGACCAACAAUCAUAAAAUGCAUUCCAUCGGCAGGCGAGCACUCAAGCUGCUACUGAUGAAUAACCCCGACCAUCUCGGACUGAUCGAACAUGCCAUUGAAAAAUGCUACAUGACCGAAUCCUCAACUGCACUGGAGAGUUAUUUUGGGGUGGUUUGCGAGGUCUUGAUACAACAACCGGAGUAUCCGCUCCCUUUCUGGAAAAUCCUCAGCGUAAUUGUGUUCACCCUGGGCAAUGAGAAUAGAGAAAUACGGAUGAAGUCUGCUCACCUGAUCCGGACCUUGGACGAACGACUCCAGAAAAGUUCGAACUUGCAAGAAUUCGACAUAAGCAUAUCCGACAAAACGCGUGCUGUCUACAAAUUAGCCCAAUUUGAGUACUCAAAGCGUCUUGCGAAAGCAAACUCAGAUAUCGCUUUCAUGAUUUUCUCCGAGUUUUCUUUGCACUAUAAGGUUGCACGGAACGAUCAUCAGCGCAACAUGGUCGUUGCCAUCUUGCCCUGGCUGCAGACUCUCGAGCUUCAAGUCGACCCCAUUACUAAUGGGCCGACUGCGGUUUCCUACAUGCUUCUGGCAAAUAUGUUUGAAAUCACAAUCUGCUCCAGCAGUUCCAUGCACAAUGAAGUUCAGGCUUUGUGGCAAGCUCUUGCAACAGGCCCACACGCAGGGAACGUGCAGCUUAUACUGGACUUUAUCAUCUAUCUUUCUCUUGACCGUCGUGACCAAAACUUUGUCGAGUAUGCGAAACAAAUAGUGGUCUAUCUCUCGUCCACUCCUGCAGGAUCGAGAGUGCUUGAAUUUUUCAUGCUGCAAUUGACGCCGAAAAACAUGGUCAACGACAAAAACCACGCAGAUGUCGUUAUGCCGGACACGAGGCACCUGCCCUAUGUUGCAGAUUUGGGCUCAUUGCUUCCAAUGGGCAGCAAACAGGUCGGGCUCUCUUUAGGUCAAGUAUCCCUCAUCUUCCUGGUCGAUCUAAUGGUCACACCUGUGACCCUGGCCAAGGAAGAAGCCAUCAAACUCAUCCACACUGUUCUCAUUCUCUGGGAUCACUACACAAGUUCGGUACAGGAACAAGCUCGAGAGAUGCUGGUACACCUGAUUCACGAACUGGUCACGACAAAGAUUGAUCCUCAGGUAUUGUAUGCCUCAAAGUCACAGAUUGAGACCCUGGUCGACUCAGUCCGAACCAAUGAUGCAAGAAUCAGCUGGUCUUAUGAAAAGAACACUAGAAAAGACGAAGAUGAUGGGGCCAGCAGGGUACCUCCCGCUAUGUCCACCCUCAGCACGGAAAUCGUUAGCAUUUUCGAUUUGGCUUUCGAGAACUUCAGUGAUACGUGGGCAAAGGAAGCCCUGCAUUGGGCUUCUAUCUGCCCCGUACGUCACUUGGCUUGCCGUUCCUUCCAGGUCUUCCGAUGCAUAUCAGUCAGUCUGGACGCCAGAAUGCUGGCUGACAUGCUCGCCCGGUUAUCAAACACCAUCGCAGACGAGCAGACGGAUUACCAGACAUUUUCCAUGGAGAUUUUGACAACUCUAAAGGUCGUCAUUGGGGCUUCGGAACCAAAGACUCUCGUACGAUAUCCACAGCUGUUCUGGACUACAUGUGCUUGUCUCAGUACCAUCCACGAAAGAGAGUUCUAUGAGACAUUGGGGAUGCUUGAGAAGUUUAUCGAGAAGCUAGACUUGUCCUCUACGGAAGUCACCGAAGCUAUGCUCGUUGGACAGCCCGGGAAAUGGGAAGGCGGUUUCGAAGGCGUACAGCCAUUGCUUUACAAAGGUCUCAAGUCCGCCGAUAGUUUGGAGAAGACGCUUUCGGUCCUGCAUAAACUGGCUCAUCUUCCCAAUUGCGACCUGGUCGGCACUGACGACCGCCUACUGUACAAUUUGCUUGCAAAUCUACCACAAUUCUUGCACAGCUUCGAAAUUGACACAGUCGAUUCUACCUCAUUAGAGGUAGCUCGGAGCCUAGGCCAUGUUGCAGCUGCCGAAGGCCACGAGGCAUUGGCAAUAUGUCUUCGACAAUUUGCCAGCAAAGACAUGAUCUCAAGUCGUGAGAUGCUCUCAUCCACGCUCCAAGCCUUGAAGGCUGCGUAUUUCCCAGCUCGUGAUGCUCAAACCUUGAUCUUUAUGAUUGGUCUCCUCACAAACAAGACUCCGUGGUUCAGGGUGAAACUGAUGGACAUUUUGAGCGAAUUGAUACCCCUAGUCAACAUGAAGAACGCAGCUAUCACGAACCAUGGUCCAGAUCUCAUCUCUCCACUUUUGCGGCUAUUGCAGACUGAACAUUGCAGUCAGGCUCUCGAAGUCCUGGAUUAUAUAAUGGAGGUUGCCGCUACACCAAUGGAGAAGCACCACAUGCGCAUGAGUAUGGCAGUGGGCUCUGCAAAGGCAAUUCGAAAAGAGUACGAGCGCACACAAAGCUUGUAUGGUAUCCCACUACCGUCGGGGUGGUCUAUUCCUAUGCCGGCAAUCUAUUCGAGCAUGACUCGGCGUAAUGUGCAUGCUGUAUUCUACACCUGUGGAGACUCCGAUGCAUUGAAAGGCCAAGAAACAGCUACGCCUGACGUUGAGUUCCAAGGCGAUGAUGGCUACAACGACUCGUAUUUUCCAUCUCAGAGCAGAGCGGAAACAAUUCGUUCUUUGGAAACAGCUGCAGAUACGAACGUCAGCGAUUUGGUCAAUACACUCGACAGUCUCGACGACUUUUUCGAUGACCUUGACGGAGAUCUUGUGCUCACUCCAACCGGUACUAGUCAACUGGGAGUGUCAAGCAUGGUUAUGCCAACAUUAACGGAGCACAGCACAGCCUUGUACGAUGAGCAAACUGCUCCCAUAUUACGCCAAAGUCUUGCAAGAACAUCUUCUUUGGCUAAUAUCCCUGAUGGAAUUACAGAGUCAGGCCCUUUGCCUGGUGUUGGGCAUCGCAAUGAAUUGAGUCAAUCUUCGGCCGCUUAUAGCGGGACUACUCAAACAUCUUUUUCGUCAAUCGACGAGCUUGGAGGACCGGGGCCUUCUUUGCCAAUUACAAACAAGAAGCCAGCUAUACAGACGGUAUUGAGCCCGACGAAUCACAGUAGGCCUGGCUUGCACGCGAGGUCUAUCACGUCACCAGCAAAUCAAUUUUCAGGGUCUCAGCCUUCAGGCGUGUUUUCUCCUGGACCUACUGGAUCAUUCAGAUCCCAGGACGAUUACGCGGAUCAAUACGACGAAGCCAUGCUCUCUGACGGAGAGAACAGCCCAUUCCCCUCUCUCAGUGUUGGAGUCGCAGGCGGCGGUAAGGGUAUCUCCGGACCAGGGCCUUCGGAGUAUACGACCCCAACGUCUGCCACCGAAACAGGUGGUGCCUUCAGUAUACAAGGCAUGCGACGUGGAAUGCGACGUCUCACUGGUGGAAAGAGCGAGAGCCAAAAGGAGAAGGAGAGAGCGAGAGAAGUUACAAGGCUACGUGGACAGUCUGGAGGUCAAAACCUCUUGCCUGGAGCCAUACAGAGUCCGCGAGUACCCAAAGUGCCUGUGGAAUACCUCAAUGCCAGCGGCAUCAGUCCCACGACAAGUCCAGGUCUAUGAUUAUCAUCACGCCAGGCGUUCUUUCUCGGAUCAUUCAUUUUCGACUUCGAAGGUACCCGUAGAGUCUGCCGGGUGAAGUUAUGGCUGCAUGUGUGGCGUUACGACAAAAGUAUUUCAACAGCAAAUGGGUUGCUUGUGUACCAUAUCGAAGGACGAUCCAUGGAAAGCGGGACAUGAAACAAUGUAUUUGUAUACUAACCAGUCUCGAGCACUUUUGAGCGCUUUUUGAAUGACAAUAAAAGCUAUAUUAAUCGGACCUCGAGGUCCGGAGAAGUUGCAAAUGUUU